UUGUGACUCAGUUUGGGAUGAACCAGUGAGCGAGAGGUUCUCUCGUUGUCUCUGUGAUAACUUUUCUCUCGGUAUGGAGUGAAUUUCAGAUUAUACUCGGUAUCUUGGUGUUUCAAACAAUCUUUCGACAUGGAUAAGAUUAGAGUGGCCGUGAGGGUCCGGCCCUUCAGCCGACGAGAGAAGGAGUUGGGCACGAAGAGCAUUGUGGUGAUGACUGACAACCAGACCAUCCUCCAUCAUCCCUCAGCCGUAGACAAGCAUGACAGCCGGAAGCAGCCCAAGACCUUUGCCUUUGACCACUGCUUCGACUCCCUAUCCAUCGAGAGUCCGGCCUUCGCCACGCAGGAGACAGUGUUCACGGCCGUGGGGCAAGACAUACUCAAUAAUGCCUUCACCGGGUACAACGCUUGCAUCUUUGCUUAUGGUCAGACCGGAUCUGGCAAGUCUUACACCAUGAUGGGAGCGGCAGACAGCAAAGGCCUCAUCCCUCGCCUCUCUGACACUUUGUUUGAGCGUAUUGCUGCAGGUGCAAGCCCUCUUACCUCACACAAGGUCGAGGUCUCAUAUAUGGAAAUCUACAAUGAAAAGGUGCAUGACUUGCUAGAUCCCAAAGGGUCUAGACAGACACUGAAGGUGCGAGAACACAACAUUUUGGGACCAUAUGUGGAUGGGCUCUCAUUACUGGCUGUAUCAUCAUAUGAGGAAAUAGAACAAUUGAUUGAAGAAGGAAACAAGGCGAGGACAGUAGCAGCCACUAACAUGAACAGUGAGUCUUCACGUUCACACGCAGUGUUCACAAUUGUGCUCACACAGACUGUUAGUGAUGUUGCAUCUGGAGUCUCGGGAGAAAAGGUGUCCAAAAUGUCUCUGGUUGAUCUUGCUGGAUCAGAGAGAGCUGUCAAGACUGGAGCAGUUGGAGAAAGAUUAAAAGAGGGUUCCAAUAUAAAUAAGUCAUUGACUACCUUGGGCUUAGUAAUUUCCAAGUUGGCAGAUCAAGCCGUUGGUAAAGGGAGGGGCAAAUGUGAUAACUUUGUUCCAUACAGAGAUUCUGUUCUCACUUGGCUUCUCAAGGAUAACCUUGGAGGUAACAGUCGCACUGUCAUGGUUGCCACAGUGUCUCCUGCAGCUGAUAACUUUGAAGAGACUUUGUCAACUCUCAGAUAUGCUGACCGAGCAAAAAGAAUUGUUAACCAUGCUGUCGUCAAUGAAGAUCCCAAUGCCAAAAUUAUACGAGAAUUGCGCGAAGAAGUUGAGACUUUAAGGACACAACUGCUGUCAUUACGACAAAUGACGAGAGAUGGGCCAGCAUCUUUGCAAGAGGAGGAGAGUCUAAAUGAGAAGUUACACGAAAGUGAAAAGCUCAUCACAAACCUCUCAGAGACAUGGGAGAACAAACUCAAGAAAACAGAGCGUGUACAGCAGGAGAGACAGCAAGCCCUGGAGAAGAUGGGAAUAAGUGUACAGGCAUCAGGCAUUAGUGUGGAGAAAAACAAAUAUUACCUUGUGAACCUCAAUGCUGAUCCAUCGCUCAAUGAGAUGCUUGUUUAUUACUUAAAGGAACGCACUUUAGUUGGCCGACCAGAUGCUGGAAGUGAACCAAAUGAUAUUCAGCUUUCAGGUGUGGGAAUUGAAACUCACCAUAGUGUUCUAUUAAUAGAGAACUCUGAUCUCUUCAUUGAACCAUAUUCAAAUGCCCGAACAUGUGUAAAUGGUUCCCAGGUGACAGAGAAAGUGCAGUUGCGACACGGAGACAGAAUAUUGUGGGGCUUUAAUUAUUUCUUUCGUGUAAACUGCCCAAAAACGAGCUCUGGUGGUAAUAAUUCUGAACCCCAGACACCAGCUCAGCCUAUUGAUUAUAACUUUGCACGAGAAGAACUUAUGCUAAAGGAGCUUAGUAACGAUCCCAUCCAAGCAGCUAUACAAAACCUUGAACGUCAACAUGAAGAGGAUAAACAAAUGGCAUUAGAAAAACAACGACAAGAAUAUGAGAAACAAUUUCAACAACUUAGAAAUAUUUUAUCUCCUACAACUCCUUAUGCACCAUAUAUGCCCUUCGAUCCAUUAAGGGGUACAAAAAUGACUCCUUCUACUCCAACAUCACAACUUCGAAUAGAGAAAUGGGCCCAGGAAAGAGAGGACAUGCUAGAGCAAAGUUCUCUUUUGUACCCUGGCAGAGAGGACAUGUUCAGGCGCAGUUUGGCUCAGCUUAGGCAAGAUAUUAUGAAGGCAAACACCCUAGUACGUGAGGCAAACAUCUUUGCUGAUGAUAUGGGCAAACAGACAACAUUUGGAGUGACUUUACAGAUUCCCCCACAAAACUUGUCUCCUAACCGGAAGAGGUCUGCAUUUGUUAGUGAACCAGCAAUUCUAAUCAAAAGAAAAGGAAAGCCAAACCAGGUUUGGUCAAUGGAGAAGUUAGAACACAAGUUGAUUGUGAUGCGGGAGAUGUAUGAGGAGCAGCAAAAUAACCCACUAGUUACCUGUCCAGAGGCUGAUCCAUUUUAUGAGAGUCAAGAAAAUCAUAACCUUAUUGGAGUAGCCAACAUUUUCCUUGACUGUUUAUUUCAUGAUGUACGACUAAAUUAUCAUGUACCCAUUAUUUCCCAACAAGGAGAAGUGGCAGGCAGACUACAGGUUGAAAUCAGUCGAAUAGCUGGCCAGUUUCCUCAAGAACGAUUUGCAGACACACUUUCUGAAUCUUCUGGUGAUUCUGCUCAAAGCAGAGAUGAUGAUGAUAUUCAGAAUAGCACUGUUUCAGUUAGAGUUUGUAUCAAACAAGCUGCUGGGCUUCCUCCAUCACUCUCCCAUUUUGUCUUCUGCCAGUAUCAGUUUUGGGGCCAAACAGAAAGUGAAGUUGUUGCUCCAGUUGUUAAUAAUGAAUUUCCAGCCGCACCAACAUCUAAAGAUUCUAUGACUUUUAAGUUUGAACACUCUAAAGACUACACAGUGUUAGUAACUGAAGACUUUUUAGAGCACUGUGCAGAUGGUGCACUCUCAAUUGAGGUGUGGGGCCAUAGAUCUGCUGGUUUUGGUUUGGCUCGAACAGGCUGGGAAGUUGACCAACAGUUAGCUAAAGCACGAUCACUUGUUGAUAGAUGGAGCGAGCUGACUCGGAAGAUUGAAAUGUGGGUGGAGAUUCAGGAGCUCGGAGAAUGUGGUGAUUAUGUUUCAGUAGAAGUGUGUCCUCAAAAGGACGUCUUAACAGGUGGUGCGUAUCAGCUUCGCCAAGGGCAGCAGCGACGAAUUGUGUGCAGAGUUAAACCUGUAUCAAACUCUGGUACAUUACCGCUGAUAUGCGAGGCUAUUACAAACAUAAGCAUAGGGUCUGUGUGUGGUCGUUUGAGGUGCCAGAGACAACUUGACUCAUACACUGAAGAAGAUCUCACUGUGCUUCGGGAACGAUGGAGUGAAGCAUUAAAAAGAAGAAGAAUGUACCUUGAUCAACAAAUACAAAAAAUAAUUAAUAAGGGUGACAAAAAUGAAUGUGAUACAGAACGGGAGCAGUCCUUGGUUGACCAGUGGGUGAGCUUGACUGAAGAGAGGAAUGCCGUCCUGGUCCCUGCUGCUGGGUCCAGUAUUCCUGGUGCGCCAGCAGACUGGGAUCCCCCUCCAGGAAUGGAGGCUCAUGUUCCAGUCCUUUUCUUAGAUUUAAAUGCGGAUGACUUCUCAACUCAGGGAUUUGGUGACAACCUGACUUUAGCAGGAAAUAAUGCCAUAAUCCCCAAAGAAAACUGCAAUAAAUUCUUCCAGCUUCCUAUUGUAAAAUGUUAUGAAAAAGAUGUGUGUGCAGUAGCAUCGUGGGAUUCAUCCAUCCAUGACAACAUGUACCUCAAUAGACUUACACCCACUGAUGAAAGAGUUUAUCUGAUUGUGAAAAGUGUGGUCCGACUAUCUCAUCCAGCUCCAAUGGACCUAGUGUUACGGAAGCGGCUUGCAGUUAAUAUUUAUAAGAAGCAAUCCUUAACUAGCAAGUUUGUAAAGUCAUUCAUUGGUUCUUCUAAUACCUUAUAUGAAACAGGAAUAAUGUAUGAAGUUGUGUCCAAUAUUCCAAAGGCCAGUGAAGAAUUAGAGGAACGUGAAUCCCUCGCUCAGAUGGCUGCCAAUGUUGACGAUUCUCAUACAGAAGAUGGAGAGACAUAUAUAGAGAAAUAUACGAAAGGUGUUACAUCUGUGGAGUCCAUCUUAAUGUUGGACAGGUUGCGACAAAAUGUAGCUGUGAAGGAAUUGCUUCAGUCUGCUGGCCGUCCACUCAUGAGGAAAACUGCAUCCGUCCCAAACUUUUCUCAUGAAGUUGGUUGUGAUAGAGAGACAGGAUUAGCUAAGCCUGCCCCUGCACUCCGUGGACUGCAGCAAGAGGGAUUAUUUGGAAGUAUGGAAGGUGGACUUGAUGGUGUGACACGGUCCGGAAGUGUGAUGGAUCUCAAUGCUCAACUGUCCUUGACCUCCACACAUAAUAACCAUCACUCAGAGAAAAGCAAACACCGUUAUUCUCUCCCAGGUCCCAGUGAGAGACCAUUUGGCUUGUCUCGACCUACGUUCCUCAAUUUGAACCUGAAUCUCAACUCUCUCAGGCUUCAAGGAUCAACUCCUGCUAAGUCUUCUCCAAGUCCUGGACCAAUGAAAAUGACUCCACGAAUGACAACACUGCAUGAAGAGAAUACACGAGAGGCAGCCCCACUCUUACACAUGGAGGAGGAGGAGGAGGAGGAGGAGGAGGAGGAAAUGAAUUGUAUUGCAAAUGGAUCUUCAGGAUAUACCAAUGGAGAAGAAGACUUUAGUGAUUUUGCUUCAUACAGAAGUGCUGGUUUGGCUGGUGGCCGACUGCAGCUUUCUCAGAGUCGUACAUUAGAUUCCCUUAAUGAAGUUUCUGCCACAAAAGCUGGGACACCAUCUACAGUAUCGAGUGGGUAUGGCUCCGGUGCAGUAUCAUCAACAACCUUGAGUGAAGAUUCUCUCUCUGUGCGCAGUGUCAGUGUUGAUGAAACCCCAGAUAAAGACCUCCCUACAAAUCAUACCACCAUGGAUCUGUCCACAAUUAGUUCUGGAGAAAGUGACUCCAGUGAUACAAGAACAGUAAUCAAUCAACAAUUUGAGAGUCUUCGUUUUAAUGAAUCUUCAGAAACUUCUCAUAUCAACAAUAGUCACACACAGUCUGAAAAUAACUUGAAAUUAUUUGAUGAUGAAGAAAAUAAGGAAAAUUCAACGACUCAAAUAUUGAAUUCUAGUAAUAUUCCAUGUAUCACUAAUUCCUCCAAAAUAAUAAGCUCUACUCCUACAAAAUCAGUGAGUCCAAUUUCUCCUGCACUGUCCUCUUCCUCGUCUACCUCAUCAUUGUCAGUUAAUACUAGUUCAGAAGUUGUGAUGAGGCACAGCAAUUCUAACAAGAGGAAUCCUGCUCAUCGUAUGUCUUUCCCUCUCACCCAGUCUCAUUCAGCAAUAACUGAUUAUCAUACAAUGAAUGGAGCAUCAUCAUCUGAGUGUGUUGAUGAUGCAGAGAAAACUCCAUCUGUCAUCAACAAGCCACUGGCAUCAUUACCAGACUGGUGUGAGGUUGGAGAGAGUAUCCAAAUCCGACCCUACAACUAUUCAGGAGUCAUUGCCUACAUUGGCCACACUGAAUUUGCACUAGGGACCUGGAUUGGAGUUGAACUAGAUGUUCCUAUGGGCAAAAAUGAUGGUUCAGUAAAUGGUGUUCGAUAUUUUGCCUCUCGUCCAAAAUGCGGCAUGUUUGUCAAGCCAGAGAAACUACUUUUGGAUCGAAGAGGGCGUGCUAUGAGACUUGCACGAAGUAAUGGCACAGAAGGUGGAUUGGGUGAUAUGAAGCGUUCGCGAUCCACUGCAGAGAGACUCAGUGAUGUGGGCAUUAGAAAAGGCACCAGCAAAAGUGACUGUCUCAACACCAUGAGACGAUCAAAGAGCCGAGCUGAAGGUCUCUCUUCAAUGUCUGACCGCUCAAAAUCUAUGUUUUCUCGCAAUAGAAAGUAACAUGAAAUCCAUAUCCAGAAACUUGCUCCAGAACUAAGGCUGUUAUUGAGUGCACUCUAUGAAUUGUGUCAACUGAAGUACAGUAGAGCAUACCAAAUACAAGUUUUGGCUUGUGGUCAUGUUGUUAUUACUGUUAAAAGCUGGUUGUUUGGGAAAUUACUAAAAGAAAAUUAAAACAAAAAAUUGGUAAGGGGAAGAAAUUUAAAGCAAGCACAACCAUGAUAGAAGCCCCACCCUACCUUCCAUCAAGUGUUAUCCCGCAAAUACGUCCCUGUUAUCCCUCCAUUGUGAGAUCCUUAUUGUAUGGUAGCAAUAGAUAUUGUACUUGUUUCAGGAUUGAAGAACUUCCAGUAUAGGACCCCACCAAUGUUCUUUUUCUUUUAAUACAAAAUUAAAUUUUUGUACUUGGGGAUAUUUUUUUAUAACUUCAAAUCCAAGGCAUUGUUUGUUUGGAAAGAAAUAAUCAUUGCCUUUAGAAAUCAGUUUUGUCCAGAAUGUAUAGACUUCAUA